GCUUACGGAUAAAUUUCUACAUUCCCUGUAAAUGCUGCGCACUAUACAAUUAAGAGAGAAAUUUAUACUUGGCCUCACAGCUAAUUGUGCAUCGGACAUUCAGCAGGAGAGAUUAGGAAGGAGACAUUGUUAGCGUAGCAGCAGAGAGAAUGCAGUUAGCAGAGUGGGCAUUGGGAGGGCGGUCAUGGAGCGCUCCAUCGAUCUACAUCUCUCCAAGAAUGGGAGGGGGACCUCGUACUUACCCUGGCGGAGUGAGCAAAUGGCAGUGGAAGAAAAUGCAGGAAAAGAAAAGCAAGCAAAUUCUCAAAGCGAGGCUCCUCCGAGAGCGUCAGCUCUAUGAGAUGCGGAAGCGCGCGGAGCUCAAAGCCGCAGAUCUUGAGAAGCCAUGGGAAAUCACUCGAACUACUCAGGCCCCCACACUUUUCGCCGUCACAGCAGACGAUCAGCUGCAGGCCAUGGCCGACAGGUUUGUCAGGCGCGGUGCCAUCGAUUUGUGGACGGAUAAAGAUGGCCCUCUUUCUCACUCCGCUGCCUUCGUUACACGGGAUGGAAAGCCCUCCGCUAGGGUUUUUCCCCGAGAUGCCCUUUACAGCACACAACCCUACUCCCUCGCUUCACCUCUUCCUCCUGACAACCACAAUGGGCGCAGUUCAAAUCCUUCACCUUCUCGCUAUCUUCCUCCCCACAACCAUGAUGGCCACAGUUCAAAUCUUUCGCCUUCUCGUUAUCCGCCUCCUCAAAACCACAAUGGCCGCAGUUCAAAUCUUUCGUCAUCUCGCUAUCCUCCUCAAAACCACAAUGGCCGCAGUUCAAAUCUUUCGUCAUCUCGCUAUCCUCCUCAAAACCACAAUGGCCGCAGUUCAAAUCUUUCGUCUUCUCGCUAUCCUCCUCCUCAAAACCAUAAUGGCCGCAGUUCAAAUCCUUCACCUUCUCGUUAUCCUCCUCAUCCUCCUCCUCACAACCGCAAUUCCACGCCCAUGAUAGGGAAAUCUAUCAUUACACGUUCCAUUUCAGUGUUAUCUUCUGUGUCAGGGCAGGGUAAUUUCAGUGAUGCUCACAUAACGAAGGAGAAUCACAAACAGAAAUCUGUCAAAGAUACAGAGCGACAGAGACACCGAUUUCUCGCUUCUCCUGCGCCACCGCGUGCUGACGGACAGGGCUAUUCAAACAAAACAAAAUCCUCCGCUCCCAAGAGUGCAAUGCAUACUUUUGCAGGUUUUAAUCUGGAAAAACGUUCAACGCAAAGACUCAGAGAGGCUUCCUAUGAAUCUAAGACGGACAUGGACUGAAUGCCGCAAUCAUAUGUCAGAGCAUUCACUGCAUAACGACCAAACAGUCUUAAGCUUCUUUGUACGGUAAUAUAACUGCAACACCUCCUUCAAUUUAUAACGGUAGGAUAGCAGAAAUGCAAUUGUUAUAUGGGAUUUGGCAAUUGAAGCUCAAAGAGAUGAGUGUGACUUGAUGAGGCUGUGUAAUAUUAACCAUCAAUACUGUCCUUUGUCAAUAGUGCUUGUGAUUGUUUUGGUUGUGGAAACGUUUAGGUCGGGAUAGCCUGGCAUUCAUCCACCAAGGGUCUUAAUGUUAAGUAGUAUCAUAUAUUCUCGGAAGAAUCCCCGAUGGUUAGAUAAUAGAGAAGAAGAUUGUGGAAGUAGCUAAAACUUAAACCGUUUAAAGCGGAGAAAUGAAGUUUGUAGUUGCAGAAACUUGCUUAACUGUCGAAACAAAAGACAGUAAGGUUGUUGCAGUGGGUCAAGGUUCACCAACAGUUCAAGUAGCAAAACAGAAGCAAAUAACCAGAUGUUAAGAGAGCGCAGUGAUCUUUUCAACUCAUCAAGAGGGGCACAACUUUAUUGCCAUUCAUGCUUUAUUCUGAUCCUUUGUGCUAAAUUUGGUGGCGUGGACAAGCUGGACCUUAACAGGCAUUAGCUUUAAUGCCACUACAUAUACUUGGAUGAUUGUAUUUUACUUGUAAGAAAUAUUGUGCUUGGAGUUCAUUUUACUUAUUGUAAAAAUCUUAUUUGAAUAAAGACUUUAAAAACUACCUUCACUAA